AUGGGUACUCCAUCCUCAUUGCCCACAAACCCUAACCCCAGCCCCAGUCCGCCAUUACCUCAGUCACCGCCACCACAGACGCCGCCAUUACCUCAAUCACCACCACCUCAGUCACCACCACUACCCCCAAGCCAAAUACCACCUCUCAUUCCGCCGACUCCCCUCUCGCCGCAAACCGAACCGCAAAAUGAAACACCAAUUCUCGACACCCAUUCCCCAGAACCUGCGCCUACUCAAACAAAAACCAAAGGCAAAACUAAAAGGGCCGCAGGUAGACCCAAGGAAACCCCUGUCGAAAAACAGAAAUGA